AUGAUUCAGUUAGCAGUCCGAGACAUUCGAAAUUCAGGGCCAUUUGUACAACGUUAUAUUUUAACAUUGUUUCUGAAUAGCGGAACGGCAGAUCUAGCAGAAUUAUUUGAUGCGUGUUUUCUAAAGCAUUUCCUUCACGAGCUGAUUAUGAUGACAAGACAGAGCAACCGACAUUUGGCAAAUCUGCUCCUUAUAAAACUGGAUCAUAAUGAAUGGCGUUUUGAAUGGUUGUAUAGCAGUGCCACUAACGAUGAUCAAAAAGUUCAGUCCAUAGCUGUUCGGGCUUUGGAAUUGCUCUUGAAGAAAGGUAAUCUGGAUGUUCAACUAUGUAAAAUCAUUGUUCUGCUCUUGAAGAGCGAGAAUGAGGCGAUCAGAGAAAAAAUGGCAGAAUUAUGUUCUCAUGUGGUCAAUUUGAAAAUUGAUUCACUGAAUCCGGAAAUUUUAUUCUGGUGGUUCGUGCAGUGUUUCCCCGAAGUUGAAGAAUUUAUUAGCGAAUAUGGUAGUUUUGAUAGUAAUGAACAUACUCAUCUUUUUGAUGCAUGCGUUUCAAACCCGUAUACUGAGGCAGUUCCAAUCUGUAUUGAAUAUUUAAGUAGUGUGCUGCAAUUAUUAUGA